ACAAAGAUCGGGAUGAUCAUCAGUUCGCUUCCGUCCAUCACAAGUGCAGUGGACAUCAGUGAAAAUGAGAAAAUUAGUGUUAGUGUUGUUUUUUGUGAUAUGUGCUUAUGCACAGGACAAUUUCGAAAAUACCGGCGUUAGAUUAGCACUGAAAAUAUACGAUGACUGCACAAAAGCCGAUGGAUUAUCACCGUGUUUAAAAAGAAAAGCUAUCACUUUUCUAGACAGACUGAGCCGUAUGGAUAAAUUCGCACUAACUGACGGAGUUACGGUACAAAAGGCAUCCGAUGCAGUCGCUGAAGGUCCAGCCCUUACCGAGGAACAACUUGACAACACACUUCCAAGGUCUUCUGACGCCAAAGAUGCAGCUUUAACAAACAUGCUUUUUGAAAAAGUUGGCAGCUUUAUCGGAUCCAGAUCACUUGAAGUAACUCUUCCCAAAAUUCAAGCAUCGGACUUUAUUGAAGAAGGUCGUAAAAAGGGCGGCAAAGGAGGCAUGAAGGGGAUGAUGGGAGGUAUGAUAAUGGGAAUCGCAGCCAAGAUGGCAGCUCUGGUACCCUUAGCAAUCGCUGGUCUCUUCCUGUUGGCGGGAAAAGCCCUCAUCACAGCCAAAAUCGCUCUUCUUCUCUCUGGUAUCAUCGCCAUUAAGAAACUCUUCGCCCAGAAACAAGGAGGUGGUGGUGGUGGCGGAUGGCAAUCCAGCGGCGGUCACGGUGGUGGCGGAGGCGGCUGGCAAUCAAGCGGAGGUGGCUGGGACAAAAGAUCCUACGACGCAUCGAAUCUCGCGUACAGCGCGUAUAGCCCGCAAUAAUUUUAAAAACUAAGUCAUUAGUUAAUAAUUUUGUUCGACUUUGUACAAAUAUGUUUGACCGAUUUUUUGGUCAGUUAAUGUCGUUUUCUUCUUACUGAGAGUUUGGACAGCUGACAUGAGUAGAGACGUUAGAGUCUUUGUUAUCGUUAAAAUAUUUAUUAUUGUAUUUAUUUUAUUUAUUUGGACUCAUGACCAUACCUCGACGAGAUAAUAUUACCAAACAGUAUGUAUUUUUAUAAAAUAAAUAAAAUUUGUUAAA